AUGGCAUCUAAUAAAAAGGUAUAUUUAGACAUUGGGAUUGAUGAUGAAGCUGUUGGAAGGGUAGUAUGUACACUAUUUUCCGAUAAAGCCCCCAAAACAACAGAGCAAUUCCUCCAUCUCUGUAAAGGUGAUAUUUCAAUUGGUGACAGACAGUUGACCUACAAAGGAAAUCACUUUCAUAGGGUUAUAAAGAAUUUUAUGGUCCAGGCAGGCGAUGUUCUUUUUGGAUCGGAUACUUCUGAUGAGAAUCUGGGUAGAGGAGGCUGUUCUAUCUAUACAUCUGAAGAGGAACUCCAAAACAUGGAAGGUGAAGUCAAGAACUAUGGAUGUUUUGAAGAUGAGAACCUAGGUGAAUUUGACAAGCCCUUUUAUCUUGCUAUGGCAAACCAGGGCGAAAAAGAUACCAAUAGUUCACAGUUUUUCAUUGUAACUGCAACCUCGCCCCAUUUAAAUUCCAAGCAUUCUAUUUUCGGUGAAGUCGAUAUGGGAAAGUAUGUAAUUCGGACAAUUGAAAGUGUUCCUGUGGAUGAAGAUGGAGUUCCUAAAUCUGCUGUUGUCAUUCAGGAUUGUGGAGAAUGGACUGAAGGAAUGGAAGUACCUCUUUAUAAUGCUUGUAAUGAUACGGUUGGUGGUGAUAUAUAUGAAGAACUACCUGGUGACGAUACACACUUUAAUACGGAAGACCUAAACGAAGCUUAUAAAGUUUCUCAAGUAAUUAAAGAGUCUGGAACCCUAUUGUUUAAGAAGAAAGAUUUCCAAAAUGCUUACUUCAAAUAUAUCAAAUCAUUGAAAUAUAUCAAUGAAUUUAUACCUGAUAUUGAUUUUGACAAGGACCUGUUUGAAAAGUUUACCAUGCUGAAAACGAAGGUUUAUCUGAAUUUGACGCUAGUAUUAUACAAUUUAAAGCGGUAUAAAGACUCUAUAACAUAUGCUGAUUUCCUGCUGGAGAUGGAUGACGUUCCAAAAUUGGACAUUGCGAAAGCUCAUUACAGAAAGGGGAACUGUCACCUAAUAAUGAAAAGGCCAGAAGAGGCUCUGAGUGAGUACAAGGAAUGCAAAAAACUCAACCCAGAUGAUGUAGUGGUAGAAAAGAAGAUCCUUGAGGUUGAAAAUAAGAUAGCUGAGCAGCUUGAAAAAACGAAGAAGAGUAUAUCAAAAUUCUUCACCUAA